AUGACCCUCAAUCAUCCCGGAAACGCCAUCGAGCUGUAUAUCCGCAACCCUGGCGGAACAGAAAACGGUACCGAUACGGAUGGCACGGGACCUGUGGUCGCUAGUCAAAGCGACGACAGCUUGAGCGCAGUACGAGAGCGCAGAGGUUCUGGGCAGGCCAUUGAACUCACUGUUGUGCUCAACGAGCACAGAAAUUCCGAGGACCUUGGGAUAAACGUUGUCAAUGGAAAUGGAAUAUUUACGACAUCUCAGACGUUAUCUAUCACGAUAUUAAUUGCGGCGAUGCUGGUCUUAGCUUACGUAGACACGCAGGAGACCGGCUUCUAUGGCUGCUUGAACCCAAAUUUAGGCCUAGAUACGCGGCAAACGCCGAAAAUCCCAAGUAAUAAUCCGCCUUCAACUUCUCGUCUUAAGUAUGCAUCGCUACGGUAUUUACUUGAACAUUCUCCUCCAUUCCCUAUGGUCAUAUACACGUAUGAUGAAACUGUCUACGCAGUCAGCGUAACCCGAGACGUUGCGCCUAUGGAUAGUACUUCCCAGGUAACAUUGUUCAAGUUUGGGAGAGAGGACUCUCCCGUUGGUUUACCUUCCUUGGGUGCUUCGGAAAGACAUUCCGGACGUGUCACAUUCAUAGACCUUGACAGAGAGGAAGCUGUCACCGAUGCUACUGAGAAAGUCGCACCGUCGUUAAACGCCCACGAGAAUAAUGAGCAUUGCGACACGAGUAUCGGAGAUACGUCUCGAAGAACGUUGUCCAGAGCCUCACGCCCAACUACCAAGAGGAGCCUUGACGAACUGGGCCCGUACUUGUGGGAAUUCGAGAAUUUAUCCGGGGAUCCAGCUGUUGGUUCGAACAUCACUCGAAAUGAAGCGAAGUUCGGAGAUGCAAAAAAGGCAUUUGCCUACUAUUACACUUCCGGAGAACAUCCCCUAGACAUCCCCCCUCAGGAUCGCCUCGAAGGAUCUCUUAAACCUGGAGAUAUUUUCUUGCACCGAGUCACCAACCUCGAUAAAUACCAAAUAUUCUUGUACAGGGAUAAUGAAUGGGUGAUGCGGAAGCCAGGUGAGGACAGUCAUCAUCCAGAGUCGUCUGAUCGCAUCUUGGUUCUUCGUGGAUCCCACGCUUACCCUACAUGGGUUAAGCCUGAGAGCGACCGCUCCUAUCGAGAGAAGCAGGCCCGAGAGGCUGUGCCAGGAUUUGAAAGGGCUAAGAGACACCGCUCGAAUUCGAGGUAUGGGACUGAGUAUUCGCCAAGGAAACUUCGAUAA